AUGAAAAAGAAAAAGAGGGUUCAUUGGUCUACUGAAGACAUUUCAAAAGCGUUUACUUUGAGAUACUUCAGUAAACGAGCAUAUAGUUACGUUAAGGAUGAAUUGCAUUAUCCUUUGCCUGGUCUGUCUUCUCUCCAAAGAUUGGCAAAAAAUAUAGACAUGCGAAAUGGUAUUCUUGAGGAUGUAAUCAGAAUGAUGAAGCUUAAUGGUGAUACAUUACAGGAUUAUGAAAAAUUCACCGUCUUAAUGUUCGAUGAAGUAAAAAUAUCCAGUACUAUGGAGUAUGAUGUGCUCCAUGACGAAGUAGUUGGCCCCCAUAGUCAAAUGCAAGGGGUUAUGGCUAGAGGAAUCGCUUCUCAGUGGAAACAACCCAUCUAUGUUGGUUUUGACCAGAAAAUGACAAAAUCUAUUCUUUUCAGUAUUAUUGAUAGACUAGAUCAAAUUGGGUUCAAUGUAGUAUGUUGUGUAAGUGAUUGUGGUGGUGGAAAUGUUGGCUUAUGGAAAGCUUUAGACAUAACCUAUGAAAAUCCUAUUUUCUCUACUCCAAACGAAAAAGAAAUUGUAUUUAUUCCUGAUGCACCUCAUAUUUUGAAACUUAUAAGAAAUUGGCUACUAGAUACUGGAUUUCAAAUUAAUGAACAACUGAUCAACAAAAAACCAUUAGAAAGUUUAAUAAAAAAAACAUUAUCAGAAAUUAAUAUUUGUUAUAAACUUAGUGAAGGGCAUUUAACCUGUGAAGGACCUCAGCGUCAAAAAGUCAAAUUAGCCUCACAUUUAUUGUCGCACACAACUGCAACAGCGCUUCUGCAUUAUAAGCCUAUCGAUGAUACAAAGUUACUUAACGAUACUGCUAAUUUUAUUGAAUUAGUCAAUAAUUGGUUUGAUUUGUCUAAUGUUUCUCAUUCAAAUGACCAUCGAACCCCAUAUACAGCUCCUUAUGGAUUAUUUUUAGAUGAUCAAGAUGCCCUAUUAGAUAAAAUGUACAACACAUUUUUGUUAAUGAGAUGCAAUGGAAAAUAUGGUCUUCAGAUUUUUCAAAAGGCACUUCUCAUGCACAUAAAUGGGAUGAAACUACUUUUGAAAAUUGUUCGAGGUCAUGGAUUAAAGUAUAUUCUAACUAGUAAGGUUAAUCAAGAUGCACUGGAAAACCUAUUUUCACAACUACGGACUAGGGGUGGGUUAAAUGACCAUCCGUCUCCUUUGAAUGCCUUAUAUAGACUUCGCAUGAUAAUAUUAGGAAAAAACCCUGGUGUAACAUCUAAUCGAACUAAUACCACUGAUACUAAUAAUGAAGAGUUUUUACUAGCCAAAACAAUGAAGAAAAUUGAUUUAAAAAUAAAUUAUGUAUCUGAAAAUAUCUAUGACGGUGAAUAUACUACAGACACAAAUAGUGAUAGUGAGUCAAUAAUAAACAAUUGUAAUGAUAAAAAUGAAAUGGUCCAAGAUGCAGUUGAAUACUUGGCAGGUUGGGUAGCUAAGACAUUCAGAUUAAAAUUUCCUGAGCUUGGUUCUACAACAACAGAACAAAAUUCAAAAAAAAGCUCCAACGGACAUGAUUAUGAGAUGCCGCCAUGGAUAAAUCACUUAUCUUAUGGUGGAUUAAUAGUUCCAAGUGAUGAGUUCAAAAAUAAUAUUCUUAGAAUAGAGAAACUUUUCAAUAAAUUAACCAAACAUAAAAUUCCCGAGGGACGAGGAGUUGUUAAAAAUUUGACAAAAAAAGUUUUCAAUAGAAUGGAAAUGCCUGAAAAAUAUUAUCCUGUUGUGCAAAAGUAUGUUAAGCAAAGGGUUCUCAUACGAAUGAAGCAUUUAAACCACCAUAGUGUCUUACUUAUUAAAAAAAGAAAAGCUAAGUCAAAUCUACAACGACUGCAAAAACUCAAACGACUUAUGACAUAA